UCCCUGCUCCCACCCGGCCCCCCACGUGCUUUAAGGAGCGCGUUACUCACUCGUUACUCGCUCGUGACCAGCGUGGCAGUACCUGGCCCUGCCCACGUUUGGCGAUGGGAGCUUUCCCCCCUCCUCGCAGAGCUGUUCAGGACGACAGCACCUGGUGUGGCGGCGUUGGGGUUGACGCCCAGCUUGGCCUUGUCCCAAAAAGCUCAGCAAACAGGCGUCCCCUCCACGUAGCUCGUACCGAGUCCUCACACGGGGAGAGGGUCACACCGGGGGGCUGCCACAUCUCCUGACCCGCAGUCCUGCGGCUGGGGGUGCCAAAAGGAGCCUGGAGCCCCCGCGGGGGGGGGGGGAGGAAGUACAGGGGGACGCAGAGCAGCACCGUGCCCCGUGGGGGGGCACCGCGGGCAGACAGGGCAGCGAGGGGUCUUUGCUCUGUGCCUGACCCACCAAAAGACGCCCAGCUUGUGUGGACGGGGAGGGAAAACAGCCCCGUGAGGAGCCCGGGGGCUUCUCCGGUGCCGCUGAGCGCGGAGCGGAGCCCACGGGGUGCCCCCAGGGCCCUGCAGCGAGGGGGGGGCACGGCCGGACCCCGGGGACGCAGACACCUGGCGGGCAGGCACCAAGCCAGGGCAGGACACGGUGAUUAAUGCUCUGAUGGCAGCUAAGCCCCUCUGCGACCACGCUUUAAUAUCCGAUACGGGGAGAUCUGCCGGCACCUGCGAACGUGCCUGCGGAUUAGGGGCGGCCGCGCCACAAUCAUCCGCGGAUACUGCCUCAGAUUAAGGAGCCCUGGAGCGGAGCAGGAGGGACCCGUGGUGGGGAAAGAAACGCGCCUGAGGGUGGUGCUAAGGUAAGGAGGACACGGUGGGCUUGGGGACAUGGCAGGGAUCAGACGCAGCACCAGCCUUGCAUGGUCCAGGGGCACAGCGGGGCUCCCCGGGGUCUCCACGCGGUGACACCUCUGUGUCCCCCCCCUCACCCCCCCGGUUAGGGUCCGGCCGCUGACCUGCACGGAGACACGCCGAGGUGACCGGCGGGUGGUGCACAGCCUGGGCGACGGCACCGUCCACGUGAGCGCGGCCAGGCACGACGCCACCUUCGGGUUCAGCGCCGUCUUCGACGUGGGCGCCUCGCAGGAGGCCGUCUUCGAGGGCAGCGGGAUGAGGCAGCUGGUGGAGCUGGCGAUAGACGGCUUCUCCUGCACCGUCUUCGCCUUCGGACAGACGGGCUCGGGGAAGACCUACACCCUGAUGGGGCCUCUGGGGCAGAGCGAGGCCCAGCCGGCGGCCCCGGCUGUGCUGGGGCUGAUGCAGAGAUCCUUCGCCUGCCUCCUGGAGCACAGCCGGAGCCACAGCCCCAGCCUGGCCCUCAGUGCCUCCUACCUGGAGAUCUACAACGAGCAGGUCAGGGACCUGCUGAGCCCUGGGCCGCCGUGCACCCUGCCCCUGCGCUGGAGCAAAACCCGUGGCUUCUACGCGGAGAACCAGCUCAGCGUGGACUUUGAGAGCCUGGAGGCCAUCGUCGACCUGCUCCUGCAAGGUGCCGGGGCUGGGGCCACGUGGGGCACAUUCGGGAGGUGCUGGACCCAGCGGUGGUGGUGCUGGGCACGGGGCGGCGUGCCCCCCCUGCAGCUCUCCAUCCCGGCAGGUUCCCGGAGGCGCCGGACCUCUGCGCACGCCCUCAACAGGCACUCGAGCCGCAGCCACGCUCUCCUGACCAUCCACAUCCGCAGCCGAGCCCCCAGCACCAGCCCCAGCAAGCAGGGCACGCUGUGCUUCGUGGACCUGGCCGGCAGCGAGCGGGUGAAGGACACCAGCUCCACCGGGGAGCUCUGCGUGGAGGCCAACAACAUCAACCGCAGCCUGCUGGCGCUGGGUAAGAGCUGGGGACCCCCUGCAGCGGCUGCCGGACCCCGUCACAGCCCCAACACAUGCUUUGUGGCUCGUCCUCCCUCAGGACACUGCAUCUCCCUGCUGGCCAAGCCCCAAGGGAGGCGGACACACAUUCCCUACAGGGACAGCAAGCUCACCCGGCUGCUGGCCCGCUCCCUGAGCGGCUGGGGCGUCACGCUGAUGGUCGCUUGCAUCUCCCCAUCCUCGCGCUGCCUCUCGGAGACGCUGAGCACGCUGCACUAUGCCAGCCGAGCCUGCAGGGUCACCACCAGACCCGUGGCCAACAGGGUCCCCCGGGAGAAGCUGCUGCAAACCUUGGAGGAAGAGAUCCGGGCCCUGCAGCUGGAGAACCUCUCCCUGCGCCAGCAGCUCUGCCUGCCCACGGUGCCGACGAGGAGUGGGGAGGUGCUGGGGACCCCCCCGAGGCCGGGGGCACAGCCAGGCUGGGCGGGCAGGUACGGCCACAUGGGGCCACCCGAAGGGCAGCUCCUGUCGGAGGGAGCCCCAGCCUGGCCCAGCCUCUACGGCCUCCUGCGGGACUUCGUGGUGGAGAACGAGCAGCUCAGGCGGCCCCACAAGUCCCCAGACCCUGGCGGUGACAUCCCAGCCGUCCCAUCCUGCAGAGGGCCCCGCAGCUCCUGCGGCAGCCAGGUCCCUCUCCGGAGCACCCACGUCCCGCUCGGCCACCCCACGCAGCUCCGGCAGCCCCACGCGACACCCGCCUCCGGGCACCAGCUGCCGAAACUGCCUCCUGCCUCCGGCUGCCCCCAGUGCUGCCCCGGUUUGCCUGAUGCCAUCGUGCCCCAGGUGCUGCCGGGGCUCCCCAUGCCACAGCCGGUCCCCCUCGGCAUCCCGCUGCCCAGCCAGGAGGAUGCAGCUCUGCCCGGCUCCCGGCCACACCAGGGAAAGCGGAGCCAGGGAAGGAGCAGGAGCUCGUCUCGGCGGCACCCGGUGCCACGGGACAGCCGGGAGCCACCGGGCCCCGAGCGCUGGCCCAGCCCCGAGAGAAGGGUCGUGCCUUCGGCCCCACCGUGGCCAGGCCCAGGCCUGCUGGAGCCUGGAGCCGCUGGAGCUGUCCCUCUGCCGCAGUGGGAGGAGGCCCCGGGCUGGCUGGCGGAGCAGAUCUGAGCUGCCAGAGCCGCACCGGAGCCGGGACCAGCAGAGGGGACCCUGCACCCUGUAACC